AUGGACGCGCCCGACGACCGAUAUUACGGCAGCCAGACGCCGGACCGUUCCGACACGAACAGCCCGCGUUCGCAAAUGAGUAGUCCGAACUCCAACUCCUCGAUAAACGUAACAGACCAAUCCAUAUCGCUUUCGCAACACCAACAGAACUUAGAGACACUAAACAGAAUGGGGAUGUUUUUCCACGCGCAACAAAUGCAUUUGAAUCAGAGUUUUGAUGCUGUGAAAUCUAGGUUAGGCUUGACACAAGUGCCUACGAGUGUUAACCCAGGGCCUAGGCAUACGAUAGACGCUAUAUUAGGACUGAACGGCCAGAGGCAAGUUACUAGAGUGCAGAGUGAGUUUGAGCAAAGGAGAGAAGAGAGGGAGUGUGAGACUGUGCCCGUGUCGCCUGGAGCCGUCGAGAGUGCGGGCGAGGGAUCCUGCAACAGCAACGACGGCUACAGCCAAAGAACGCCCACAGACGACAAGUCCCCCCCCGGCAGCGAUGACGAGUCCACCCGCCCAGGCUCAGCAGCCGAUAAUAAGAAGAAACAUCGGCGGAACAGGACUACCUUCACGACAUACCAGCUGCAUGAACUGGAGCGAGCGUUCGAGAAGAGUCAUUACCCUGAUGUGUAUUCUAGGGAGGAGUUGGCUAUGAAGGUUAAUCUCCCUGAAGUUAGAGUGCAGGUCUGGUUCCAAAACCGACGAGCCAAAUGGCGUCGUCAGGAGAAGAUGGAGGCAGCUCGUUUAGGUCUCUCGGAGUACGGCUGUGGAGCUGGUGGGGGUAUACCACGGCUGGGAGGCUUGGGCCUGCCGGUAGACCCCUGGCUGGCACCACCACUGCUCACUGCGUUACCAGGUUUCCUCAGCCACCCCCCCUCUGGGUACCCGAGCUACCUCACCCCCCCGGCGCCGGCGACCAGUGGAGCGCCUCCCGACCCUCGCUCGUCAUCCAUCGCGGCUCUGAGGAUGAAAGCCAAGGAACACGUCGAAAGCCUCAAUAAAGGACUGCAGAUGGUGUAA